AUGGGGGGCCCACAGAAUCUUGAUCAUCAGUCCAGUGACGUUCUCCGACUUGGAAACGGCGGUGGCGGAGGAGGAGCCGCCUCACGCUCUUCCUCUGAUCUCAUUGCUGCAAAUGCUUCAGGUUACUUCAUGCAAGACCAAAACCCUAGCUUUCAUGAUCAACAAGACCAUCAUCAUCAUCAACAUCAACAACAUCAACAACAAGGAUUUUUGGCUGCAAACAAUAACAUCAAGCCAUCGCCAAUGAAUUUUCAACAGAGUCUGAUGCAGUUUUCACAUGAUAACCAUAACUCUCCUUCCUCAAAUCUCUUCAAUCUCAGCUUCCUCUCCGGAAACAACGGAGUUGCUUCUGCGACAAGCAAUCCUAAUGCUGCUGCUGUUUCUUCGGGUAAUCUUAUGAUUUCGAAUCAGUUUGAUAGUGAAAAUGCUGUUGGGGGCGGAGGAGGAGAAGGAAGCACCGGUCUCUUCCCUAACAACCUGAUGAGCUCGGCGGAUAGAAUCAGCUCAGGAGCAGUGCCUUCACUCUUUAGCUCAUCAAUGCAAAAUCCCAAUUCAACACCUCACAUGUCUGCCACUGCUCUUCUUCAAAAAGCUGCUCAAAUGGGUUCAACGUCAAGCAACAACAACAACAACAACGGAAGCAACAAUAACAAUGCCUCAUCAAUUCUAAGAAGCUUUGGGAGUGGGAUGUACGGGGAAAACGAGAGUAAUCUUCAUGAUUUGAUGAAUUCUUUCUCUAACCCCGGCGCAACGGGAAACAACGUUAAUGGAGUAGAUUCUCCGUUUGGUUCGUACGGAGGAGUGAACAAGGGAUUAAACGCUGACAAACAAAGCAUGACUAGAGACUUUCUUGGAGUUGGACAAAUCGUAAGGAGCAUGAGUGGAAGCGGCGGGUUUCAACAGCAGCAGCCGCAACAACAACAACAUGGGAACAGCAGAGAAAGAGUUGGCUCUUCGUCGGAUUCCGCCGAUAGAAACAGCAUGAAUGCGAAUCCUGGUGGUGCUCCGGCAAGUUCACCACCCUAUGGAAUCCAUCAUGCAAGUUUCUAA